AUGAACAGGACUGAGAUUGCCAGUCUACUCAAGUACUGUGAGAGUAGCCUCAGUGAAAAUGGUUUUGUUGCCUUCAUUGAUCUCUCCCGUCGGGCGAUAAUAAAAUCAAUUACUAUUACUGGAACAGCCAGGGCACAUUACGCACUCGGAGCGCUGAUGAAGCCUGUUCACGAGAAUAUCAAGGAGAAGCUAACCAGGAAGUCGUAUCGGACCGAACAGGAGAAAAAUUACGAGUUCAUCGCUAAGCGCGGUCAUGAGUACGCGUAUCAGGUAUAUGGUGAUCAAAAGGACCGGCUGCUCGAUGAGACUAGCGCUAUGAGUGCUGAAAUAGCAGAUGUAUUCGCUGUUGAUACGUAUGGUCGCUUUAUCAGCAGUAAGAAUAUUCUGCCGAUGAUGGAAACUGAGUUGUGCCUCAUUACUACAGCCGUCACGAUCCAGGGUGAGCAAUACGCCAUGAUUCACAUGAACGCAGCAGCAGUCUACGGUGCUAGCAAGGAAGCGAUUGAUGCAGCGUCCACAAUUGGCAACAUAGCGUUUAAGUCAGCUAGCCUAUAA